CUAAAAAGAAAAAAAAUCACAAACUCCACCAUCGUUUAAAAGUACCAGUCUAUUAAGGCUGAGUUAGACAACUGAAUAGACAUGAGCAUGUUCUAAUCUUCAGCAAGGGCUAUUUCUAUAUCUGUGCUUAAUAACAUGUCAACUGUGUCAUAUUUUGAGACCACGGUGUGUGUGUGUGGUAUAAGAGAGAGAGAGAGAAAAAUUUGUGAUUGACUUUGAUUUGUCCCUGAUUAUGUGAAUGAAAGUCAUUUUUCCAUAUCAGUGUGUAAAAAGUGCAGCAGAAUCCCAAAUUAAUCACGUCUAAGUGACACCCUGUGCAGUUUUGUGGUGCUACCGCCCCGUUAUGAGUAUGAGCGUGCGCAUGAGGCACUUCCACAGUCCAUCGUCUCCAUAUGAGGCCCAGAAGCACGACGUGUGGUGACAGCACCACUAAAAAUACCCGACGGGCCGAGCGUGGAUCAGGUUGCAGCUGAGCCAGCGAACGCUGCUGCCGCUCCUGCGUGUGAGCAAAAAAAUAAAAAAACAACGUUAUUUUUCCCUCGCAGGUUUCUUCUGAACCACUUAGUGUACGAUGGGAGUAACGCAAGCAGAUGGAACCAAAAUGGCAAAUGUAGAAGGUAGACUGGUCUUCAUGGGAAUGCGAGAGGAGAAAUGGUUUGGUCUGGCAUAGCCCCAGGCAGUACCUGCUGUCGGUAAGAGCCCCAAGAAAUCUGAGGGACACUCAAUCUUCAGCUGGCUCAUCGUGUUGGCUCUGUUGGGUGCCUGGAUGUCUGUGGCUGUUGUCUGGUUUGACCUAGUUGAAUACAAAAAUGUUGUGGGCACACUUGGAAAAUUUUAUGAUUCUGAUGGUGAUGGUGACUUUGAUGCGGAAGAUGCCAAAGUUCUGCUGGGCUUGCCUGAAUUUUGCAAGGGCCUUGUCUCUGUGCACAAAGAGAGCGAUGAUGCUUUAGCAGAUGGCAGUUCUGAUUUGUUAAAAAGCUUCCUGGCAUUUCUGUGUGAUGUGCUGAUGCCAUGUGAGGGUGGAGGCGAUGGAGAGAGUGUUAUGAAGGAGGAGAAGGAGAGGGUCACUGAAUCAGAGAAAUCACCUGUGACCACAGAAAGUAAGAAAGGAAGCAAAGAGAAUAUUUCUGUGACCUCUAAAAUAAAGAGUGCAAGUAAAGCUGAGAAGCAUAAAGAAGAGAUGCUUAAGAAAAUUAAAGAGCAUUCUACCAGACAAAUUGGGCACAAACUGAAGGCAGCUCUGAAGGAGCAGCUUCGGAUGAUCCAUGAGAAGAUUGAGGCAAAAAAGAUUGCUAAACUAGCACUGGCUGAGGUCCGAAGCAUACUGGCCCAAGAGGAAGAGGAGAGAAAAGCCAUCCUUGCAGCCAAAAAAGCCAAAGAGGAAGCUGAGGCUAAACGACUUGAAGAGAAAGCAGGAAAAGUGCGUGAAGAGAGAAUAGCCAAAGAGAAGGCAGAGCGAGAGAGAGCUGAGCAAGAAAGGCUUGCUAAGGAGAAGGCUGAAAAGGAAAAGCUAAUUAAAGAGAAAACAGAAAAGGAAAGGCUGGCUAAAGAGCAAGCUGAAAAAGAAAAGCUAAGAAAAGAACAAGCAGAAAAAGAGAAAGCAGAAAAGGAAAGGCUGGCUAAAGAGCAAGCUGAAAAAGAAAAGCUAAAAAAAGAACAAGCAGAAAAAGAGAAAGCAGAAAAGGAAAGGCUGGCUAAAGAGCAAGCUGAAAAGGAAAGGCUAAGAAAAGAACAAGCAGAAAAAGAAAAAGAAGAAAAAGACAGGCUAGCAAGAGAGCAAGCAGAGAAGGAGAGAGCAGAAAAGCUAGCGAAAGAGAAAGCAGAAAAGGAAAAGGCUGAAAAGCUGGCUAGAGAGCAGGCAGAGAAAGAAAAAGAAAAGCUAGCUAAAGAAAAGGCAGAGAAGGAAAGACAAGAAAGAGAAAGGUUGGCUAAAGAGCAGGCAGAGAAAGAGAGAGCAGAGAAGGAAAGGCUGGCCAAAGAGAAAGCAGAAAAAGAAAGACUAGCAAAAGAGAAAGCAGAAAAAGAGAAAGCAGAAAAGGAAAGGCUAGCAAAAGAACAAGCAGAAAAAGAGAAAGCAGAAAAGGAGAGGCUAGCAAGAGAAAAGGCAGAAAAAGAAAGAGCAGAAAAGGAAAGGCUAGCAAGAGAAAAAGCAGAAAAAGAGAGAGCGGAAAAGGAAAGGCUAGUAAAAGAGAGAGCAGAAAAGGAAAGGCUAGCAAAAGAGAAAGCAGAAAAAGAAAGGCUGGCUAAAGAGAAAGCAGAAAAGGAAAGGCUAGAGAAAGAACAAGCAGAAAAGGAAAGGCUAGCAAGAGAGAGAGCAGAAAAAGAGAGAGCAGAAAAAGAAAGGCUAGCAAAAGAGAAAGCAGAAAAAGAAAGGCUGGCUAAAGAGAAAGCAGAAAAGGAAAGGCUAGCAAAAGAACAAGCAGAAAGGGAGAGAGCAGAAAAGGAGAGGCUAGCAAAAGAGAAAGCAGAAAAAGAAAGGCUGGCUAAAGAGAAAGCAGAAAAGGAAAGGCUAGCAAAAGAACAAGCAGAAAGGGAGAGAGCAGAAAAGGAGAGGCUAGCAAGAGAAAAAGCAGAAAAAGAGAGAGCUGAAAAAGAGAGAGCAGAGAAGGAAAGGUUAGCUAAAGAAAAAGCAGAAAAAGAAAAACUAGCAAGAGAGAAAGCAGAAAAAGAGAAGGCAGAGAAGGAAAAGUUAGCUAAAGAACACGCAGAAAAAGAAAAAGCAGAAAAAGAAAAACUAGCAAGAGAGAAAGCAGAAAAAGAGAAGGCAGAGAAGGAAAGGUUAGCUAAAGAAAAAGCAGAAAAAGAAAAACUAGCAAGAGAGAAAGCAGAAAAAGAGAAGGCAGAGAAGGAAAAGUUAGCUAAAGAACACGCAGAAAAAGAGAAAGCAGAAAAGGAAAGGUUAGCAAAAGAAAAAGCAGAAAAGGAAAAGCUAGCAAGAGAGAAAGCAGAAAAGGACAGGCUAAUUAAAGAACAAGCAGAGAAAGAAAGAGCAGCAGAGCAACACGUUGAGAAAGGUGUUCCUGGCCAGGGCAAAGAAAGGGCAAAAAGAGAAAGUGAGAAGAAGACUAAACAAUCAGAACCAAAAAAGGAAGUGUCUGGAGAAACUAAGCAUCACAAGAAGGAGGAAAAAGUAUCUAGCAAAGGUCUCCUGAAAUCUUCAAUCUGGAAAAACAAAAAAAUGACCAGUUGAAUGAAUGUAUAAUCAUGUAAGGUUUGAUAAAACCCAAUUAAAACAAAUGGGGCAUGAGAAAUAUCUAAUACGAUGAGGUCAACUAAGUCUAGAAUGGUCUAAUUCCUAAGUUUGUUUUAGAGUGAGUACACUGCACAUUUAGACCUAAUGCAGUGUAGAGCACAUUUUUUGUUCAGGUCUUGGAAGUUGACAUUCUCGUACUCUGCUUUGGUUGGCCCAAAGUACAGGAACAUUUGAGUAGUGGAGUUUUGUGGAGUUUGGUGCAUAUUUGUGAUACCUGAAUAAAAGGUAUAUGUAUAACGUAUAUUUGUGUUAUAUAAAAAAGUAUAAUUUAAUGUUCUUGAUUGAGUGCUGGGUAUAGAUAUUAGCUUUUAAAAGUUGUUUUCUUGAUUUAUGCCUAUUUAGAUUUUACAGUCAGAAAGUGCUUCAUUGCUUACUGAUAAAUAACUUUUUUUGUCUAUUAUUUAAAUCUGCCAGAAGUGAACCAGUUUAUAAAAUGGAUUUUUAAUACUAUUUUGGUUCUCAUUCUGAUGCUCUGUUUUUUUCCCCCCACGUUUUUAAAGGCUUACAUGUUUUCUAUUAUGCAUUUUAUAUAAUCUUUAUGUCCAGUAAGGAGGCUAGAAUUAGCAUUAUUGUUCUGUACAUGGUCAACAUAAUUUCACACAACUGGUUUUCAAAAUCAGUUAAACAAAGUCAAUAGACAAUAUUAAUUAGCCUCAUUGAAAUCAUCUAGGGUGGAAAAUACAUAAACCUUUAGUUCAAAACACUUAUCUUUUAUUUUUUAAUGUAAAAUAUUAAACUGCCAACUUAAAACAAUGUUUAGGUUAACAGUUGUAGGGUUUAUACAUAAAUAUUUAUUACAAGGGUAUAUUAUAGAAGGUAAUUAUGAAAUUGUUUUUGGUCAGAAAUAAAUAAAUCUGAUUGCUGUCCCUGUUAAAUGUGAAUACUGUUCUCUAUUAAAAUGUAUUUUAACAACUUAA